AACUUGUGAAAUUUAAAUUUUUCGUGUAUUUUUCGCAGGAAGAUCGAUGAAUUUUGAAUAAUUAUUAAUUUUUACCGAUUAAUUAUUCAUGGGGAAUAAGUUUUGCGCGUUGAAUCCGAGAAAUUGUAAUUACUCGAUCACAUUCAAAGAUACGAACGAAAACUUGACGUUCUACUUGACUUAUUUUCAAUCGUUUACGGAAAGUAUAUUCACAUCGUUUUAUAAUUUUCCAUUGAUCGAAGUUCAACCGCCAGAAUUCAUCAAGUGGGGCAAAACACCCAAGUCCAAGAAAUCAUUCCCACCGAAGGAUUUUUCCGAAUCUAAGACUGUUUACCCGGUUCCACUCGUCGAGUCCAUUUUUCAGCCGGAAUUUAAGAAUCAGAAACAAACCAGUGUGCCAAAGUUCGAGACCGUUGAACUGAUAGCGAAAGGAGCUUUCGGUAAAGUAUAUAAAGUGAAAGAUGUGAAUUCCCAAAAUACCUACGCGAUGAAAAUUUUACAAAAGUCGCAGAUUAUCGAAGAAAAUGCUGUAGAUCAAGUUAAAGAUGAACUCAGUAUACAGAAAAUGUGCGGAUAUCAUCAGUUCAUCGUGAAAUGUUUGUUUGCUUGGCAAACGCGUUCGCAGUUAUUCAUCGUAAGUGACUAUAAAGUUGGCGGCGAAUUAUUGAAUAUUAUCGCACGGUAUGCUCCGUUAUCUGAAGAAAUUACUCGUAUUUAUGCUGCCGAGCUUGCUCUAGCUCUGGAUUUUUUACACCAUGCUGGAGUCAUUUACCGUGAUUUAAAACCGGAAAAUAUCUUGUUGGAUGAAAAUGGUCAUAUUUGUUUGACUGAUUUCGGAUUAUCGAAGUGGCUGAAGCUGGGAGCUAGAACGAAUACGAUUUGUGGCACUAUCGACUACAUAGCUCCUGAAAUUCUACGAAACGAAUCCUACACCCACGCCGUGGAUUGGUGGUCACUGGGCAUCGUACUAUGUCGUCUGUUAACCAACGAGUAUCCAGUGCGUAACGAUAACAGCGUCGAGUUACCAAGUUCUGUAGAAUUAAGCGCCGCCAGUAAAGAUUUGCUGAAGCGAUUACUCGAAUAUGACCCCAGCAAAAGGCUACGUGCGCUUUAUGCUAUGAAAAGGAUCGCAUUUUUUAAAGAUUUUAGUUUCGACGAUGUUGUAUCUCGUAGGAUUCAUCCCGUUGAGAUGCUGCAAGAAUACGAACACGAGAAACACGAUGACGAAUCAUUAAAACAAGCUUUAUUUGAAAAUUUCCACCACGAAAACAGCUAACAAUAAAAAUCAUUUAAAUAGUAGGUAUCAGGUACUAGAAAAAUUCGAAAAUUUUCUCAAUAAAAGUAUAAAUACAACGUACAAACGGUGAUAUUGAUAAUACAUUUAAAAAAAGUUCAUUGAUGGUUUAUUUUGCAUUUCAGCGGAAUGUGCUUUAGUUUAGAUCCGAAAUUCAGCUGGAAUUAAUUACGCCGCCAUUGAAGAUGGUUCGGUGAAUGGAACAAGGAAUAAGUUAUCACAUGAUGAAUGAAAUGUUUUGAGAUCAACGAAGAUCGACGAGUUGCAGUUCUUACAUCUUCUGUAGAUAAGUCGAUCUUAACCGAUUAGUAAUUGAAUGAAUCAAACGUUGGUAAAAAUUGUGCUAAGGGGUAAUAAAAAUGAAAAACGGUG